AUGUCCUCGUCUGGCCUUCAAGACCCCAGCCUUUCUCCAAGCUCAAGCCCACCCAUUGUCAAUUAUUAUAAUGGCGAGGAGGAGCUAGACAGCGUUGACAAUGAGGGUGAAUGCAGUAUCCAUGGCUGCGACUUGAAUGAAGAUACAGAGGACGCAAGGGAGACAGAUAUUGCCAAUAAGCAGGAUGAUGAAGACUACCUGGAAGUAAAAGAGCAGAUAUACCAGGAGAAAUUGACAUCUCUCAAAAGACAGCUACAGCAGUUACAGGAAGGCACUUUGCAGGAGUAUCAGAAAAGGAUGAAGAAACUAGAUCAACAAUACAAGGAAAGAAUACGAAAUGCAGAGCUUUUUCUGCAACUGGAGACAGAAAAAUUGGAAAAGAAUUAUAUUAAAGAAAAGGAAACUGCAGUGAACGAAUUUGAAGAUAAAAAGAUUGAGUUAGAAGAAAAGAAAAAGAUGAUUGAGAAUGAGAGGCUAACAAUGGAACUCACAGGAGAUUCUAUGGAGGUAAAGCCAAUAAUGACUAGGAAACUAAGGGGGAGACCUAAUGACUCUGCUCCAAUUACAGACAAAAGACGAAAAUCUGCACCUGCGCAGUUAAAUUACUUGUUAACAGAAGAACAGAUAAUGGAAGAUCUGCAAACUCUCAAUAAGCUUAAGUCUCCAAAAAGACCAGCAUCUCUGUCUUCUCCUGAGCAUCUUCCCAGCACACCUGCUGAAUCACCAGCACAAAGAUAUGAAGCACGAAUAGAAGAUGGAAAGUUAUAUUAUGAUAAGAGAUGGUAUCAUAAAGGUCAGGCUAUCUAUUUGGAAUCUAAGGAGAAUACCAAGAUUGGCAGUGUAAUUAGCUCAGUUGGAACAAAUGAGAUAUGGGUGAGGAAGACAAGUGAUAGCACAAAGAUGUGUAUAUAUCUAGGACAGCUGCAUAGAGGAGUCUUCAUUAUACAGAGGCGAUCUGCUGUCUAG